AUGUACAUUAUUGACUGCUAUACUGAUCCAUACGGCUGGGAUAACACAGCAGACAGCGAGUGUUCCCUUCUCGUGAAUGACAUUACCGAUAUUGAAAACUCCAUUCUACUUCCACUCAUCAAAAAAGUAACCAAGUCAGCACAAUGCACGAUCCUUGUUGAUUCCUUAGUACCAUUGUUUAUGAUUUCACAGUUUAAAACUUAUCAACUUGUAAAGGCAUUAGAAACAUUGACGACAGACACAACACAUUUGGUAAUCGGACAUCAUUCAGACAUCAAACUACCCACAUCAUCUGGCAUUAGCAUUCAAGAGUCUAUCAACCGAUUAGCCACAGCGAUCAUUCGAUUGGAAGCUCUUAAAGAGCGUACGCACUUUGACACACAGGUAGCAUUGACGGGAUUCACGCCUCAGGAUACAUUUUCUUAUUUGACAACUACAUCCAAUGCUCUCAGCAAAGGAGGACUUGCGCACAUUGAAUGGCGAAAGAAGAGUGGUAAAGUAACUUUUGAAACAAAUGGAUUUAUUGUCAAAAAUGGAGUCCUUCAAGUUGUCCCAGCGAGUCAACUGACAGGCGUGAGUGCUACAGAAAAGGAGUCUGAGGAUAUGGAAAUAGACAAGCAACCAGAUCCAACAGCGAACUUGUCAUUUAAUUUGUCUCUAACAGAUGAGCAAAGAAGAGCAAAAGAGAGCUUAGUCUUGCCUUUUAUGAAAGCACAACAAUUAGAAGUAGAAGAACAAAAGAAACAAGAGAGUGUUAUUUACUAUGAUCCUGAUGCUGCUGAUGACUUUGAUGAUGAAGAUCCAGAUGAUGAUUUAGACAUUUAA